GUCGAUUCUAUCUGGUAACCUAUUCAAGCGCACGAAUAUAAACAAGAUGAGCAAUCCGGAGAACGAAAAAUGUUCGUCUUCUUCAGCAGAAUCUGACAUGUCUGAUGUCUUGAAAAGAGGUUCAUCAACUUUAUGUGAAGAACAUCUUCCUAAAUACUCAUCGGACUGGAAUUGUCAUUUAGUUAACAAGUUAUGCGUUCGUUACAAACAAGAGGACAUCAUUAAAAUCAUCUGGUCAGAAUGGCGCCUGUUUCAUUUAGACGAGGAUGAUCGCUUGGAAGUUGAGAGGUGUGUGAAUGCAUGUGACUUGAAGUUGAAUUACGAGUCCUUACAAGACAUUGCCCCAAACACCACAUCACCAAUUGAAGAGUUUGCUAAGACGUGGGGGCCAACCCAACGACAGUUGAGGCUCAUCCAAGCGGAACCCCUGCUGGAUAAGUUUUUAUUUAAACUGGAUGAAUUUAACUAUUGUUUGGCACAAAUAGUUGCAGAAAGCGAGCCCAACAAGGAUAUAUCCGAGUGGAAAUACCAGUGCUUGUUUGAGAAGUUGCUACAUUUAUUUGGUAUUUAUACUUGGUCACCUCCAUUUAUAAGCACCAAGAAAUCCCAAAUCAUGGGUAGAACCAUGACCUCCAAGGCUGACCUGCUCUGUUGUAGUUCUGAUCCAGCAGUUCAGAGGCCAAUUCUCUGUGUCUGUGAGGUAAAGAAAACAUUGCCUGAAAAAGUUUGUCAACCACCAGCAAAGAAACUUAGGAACAGUUCGUCUUUGGAUACAGGAAAUGUUGACAACAGUUCAUGGUCUCAGCAUAUUGGAGACUUAUUUGUAUACCUUGACAAGUCAUCAGUAAAUGAGGGAAUACUUGGGAUAUCUGUCAAAAAGACAUGGGUACAAAUAACUUUCCUAAAAGUUAAAGAUCCAUGCCUGGAGAAAAUUCGUAAUAUGCCUGUCAAUAGUCCACGAUCUGUGAAACUAGAUGAUAAUGAAUAUCCCAUAUUCUAUUACAGUGGAUGUCAAAAUUUUCUUAAACAAAGUGAUCGCAAAAUUCUAUUUAAAGCACUUCUUACUAUUAGCCUGAUGCAGAAAAGAUUUGAAGCUGGGAGAUUUGCAACUAGAUAGUAUCUUUAUAUGAAUAAAAAUGUACUAGCAAUUCCCUAACCCUUGAUCCCAUGUCACUGAAUGAAAGUUGGAAAUCAAUCUAGAUAGGUAACAGUGCAUGUGAUAUCAAAAUAACUAAACUAUCGUGUACUUAAAAUUAUAGUUUUCA